AUGGCUUAUUUUCAUGUUAUCACAGCUCUUGUCUUUGCAUUAGCUCUUGCUAGAAUUGACCUAUCAGCAUGCCAAAUGGUAAAGGGCAAAGUCUCUUGUGUUGACUGCACUCACAACUACGACCUAUCAGAUAUUAAGGUCUUAGUGAAGUGUGAAGGUAUCAGAACCCUAGCUAUGACAGCAACAGAAAAAGAUGGCUCCUUCAAGGCUAACCUUCCCUCACGCCAUACAAAAACUUCCAUGAACUGUUUGGCAAAACUUCUUGGUGGACCAACUCAGCUUUACACCAAAAAACAAAACCAAGUUUCACAAAUUACCAAAGGAAAAGAAGAAAACAGCUACACCAUUUCUACUCCUCUUAGUUUCAUGAUAUCAUGCCCUAAAAACACAAAUUGUAAUGCUGCAAAAACUAUUGGUUCAUCCAAAACUUUUAAUCUUCCUCUUCCUCCAGAAUGGGGUUUGGCACCAAGUAGCUAUUACAUGCCUGUUGUUCCUAUCAUUGGAAUACCUUAA